AUGGAUAAAUUCAUUGAUUAUGUACCUUUACUUGAAAUAAUCAUCAAAAGUGUAGAAACUAAUUCAAUAAAAGUCAGAGAGUAAUUUGAAGAAAUUAAGAUUGAACUUGUGAAUGGUGAAGUAAAGGCUCUUACUGGUUAUGGAAAAUCUUAUAUAGGCAAUAAGGUCUAAUCAUUUACUUUUAAGUAACAUAUUCUAGAAGUGUUAUCCUUUCUCUGGAGAUUCGAAAUACUAAUGAUAAUGGUCUACAUCAUUAUCAGCUGGGCUCUUUAGGAUGAUGCAGCCAGCAAUUUAGUUCUUUUGUUUCAAAGCAUAGUAUUGCUAUUGGAUUAUUGUCUGUUUGUAAUAAAGUCUGUUCUAAAAUUUCGUAAUUUUAGAAUAGUGGAAUCACAAUUGAAUGAAUAGAGAUAUAGCAUAUUGGAGAAUUUUAUUCAUUCCAAAGAACCUUUGGCAUCAGAUUCUUCUGAAGAUAUAAACACUUAUUUCUAUCCAUAAAAAUAAGUAUUGAGAGAAUAGAUAAAAGUUGGUGAUAUUGUUAUCUUAUAAAAAAAACAUGAAUGUCCUGCAGAUGUAUUACUAUUGGAAUCGAGUCAUCAGGUUGUAUAAAUAGAUUAGAAUGAAUUUGGUAUUCAAACACCUAAAAUAACAAUUCCUUGUUAAUCUACUUUUAGUAAUUUAAAUCGUUUAUCUUUAGUAUAACCAAAAUCUGAUACAAAAGGAGUAUUGGUUGAGUUCAAAUUAACUUUGAAUGGACAGAUCUAGUAUUCCUAUCAGCUUGGCAAGAAGUCAAGCUUGAUGGGAACAAUAAAAUUAAAGAAUGAUCCAAAAGUGUUUAAAUUCAAUCAGGACAAUAUUAUUUUUAGUGGGGAGAAGCUAUUAAAUACGGAUUGGGCAUUAGGAAUAGUUUUGGUAGCAGGGAAUAAUUGUUUACGUAUUUAUAAACCAAUCAAGCAUAAACGAUAAAAGUCAUUCCUGUUUAUUGGUCUCAUAAUCCUUGGGUACUUUAUAAGUUUGCUUGCAAAUCUAAGUUAUAAAUCAAUUUAUGGAAUCCACUUAUGUUUCAAUUCUAUGUUACUUCCAUUAUAUGCAAUAUUCUAUAAGGAGUUCGUCUAGAUCUUUCAUUACAUCAAGCAACCAAGUAUUCAAAAGAAAGUCAAGCCCAUGAAUGCCAUAGGAUAAGGAAAUAGCCAAGGGAAAGACAUUGUUUAAGAUGAUAAACACAUUUGGAUUGAAUUCAACAAGGUGAAGAAUAUGACUGAGAUCUUUUCAUAGGAUAACCUGUCGAAUUAGGAAUAAAUUAAAGACUUCUAGAUUAUGAUGUAAUAAACUAAUUAUUGGAAAUGCUCAAAAGUGAAUUUGGUGUGUUUGGAAUUGAAUCAACAGUAUUUUCAUAAGAAGAGGAAGAUCCAAUCAAUUUAUAUUGAUGAUAAACAAUACAUGUUCAAAUACAAACAAUUAGUAACAAUUAUGAAUAGUAAUUAAAUUUAAUUCGGAGAUAAUUAUUAUAAAACCUUGUUAGACACAGGCAGAGAAAACGAUAUUUUUGAUGAAGACAAGAAGGAUUACAGUGAAUUGAUCAAUUCCCAUCCUUACUCGCCUCAUAAUUAAGAGGAAAGAUAAAAUUAUGGUAUGAGUACUAAUUUGCAAUUUUCACUCUCAAAGAAAACCAUUGAUGUGUCUUAAUAGAAGAAACUAAAGAAUUCCUUAGGGAAAACUAUAUCAAUUAGAACUAGAAUUGUAAAGAGUGGGAGUGACUAAAGCUCAUCUAUCAAUUAAUUAUAGAAGCAAUAAUUGAAUGAAUAGCAAUUUAUCACUUAAUUGUUUGAUGACUUCGACAAUCAAUAUCACGAGAAAGUUGUUGCCUUAUUGCUCUUAUGUGAGAUAGAGAAUAAAUAUAAUGAAUAAAAAAAGACUAUAGAAACUUAUUGUAAAAACCCAUAGGAUUAUAUUUUAAUCGAGUUUUGCAAUCUCUUAGAAUACAAACUUAAAUGUAGCAUUGAAACCGAACGUUAAAUUUAUGACAUAGUUCUCAAAAGUUAACUCAAAAUCAUUGAAAUUCAAGGCAAAUUGAAAUAAUAUAAGAUCUUAAGUGAAAAUAAACAAACCAAGAAUAGAGUUGGAGUUUAUUCUGUGCUCUUAAAAGACCCAGAAGAAUUCAAUGAAGAUGAAGGUGCUCUUCUAUAUAUAAAAAUUGAUACUUCACAAAUGUAUGAAAACACCAAUAUGAAUAUCAAUGUGUUAGAAACUAAUUCAACUCUAUAUUAUAUGUUGAAACGUGGUCAAUAACCAACCUUGUAUUUUAAGAAGUAACUCAAAAAGAUAGAAGCUAAAUAAUUCUUGUUAAAUAAGAUGAAUAUUAUGAAUUCAUACACCACAGACGAAGAUUAAUUAGAGUAAUUGUAUUUGCAAUUGGAAUCCUAGGCUGAAUUGCUUAUGAUUAUUGGAACUCAUGCAAAAAUAGAUCAAAGUGCUCUUCUGACAAUAGAUGCAUUCUCAUAAGCAAAUCUAAAUACGUGGUUAGUUUCAGCUGAAAAUCAAUUUGUGGUUCUGAGAUUUUUGUUUGAUGCAAAAUUUAUAGAAAGUGAAAAUGAGCUAUAUUAAUUCAGUUCUGGGGAUGAGAGAACUUUGAAAUUUGCUAUUUAGAGCGCCUGCUCAAAUCUGAUAAAAAUUUUUGAAGCACAAGACUUUGAAAAGAAGUAUAUUCUCCUGAGCUGUGAAGCCUUGCUGACUAUAAUCAAAGAUGAGUAUCUCUUAAAUCAUUUUGCCAUAAUAGUUUAGUUCAGCAGGGGGCUGGCCUUAUAUGAUAGUUUGGAGAUCUCAAAGGUAAAAUUAUAUAAGAUUGCCAAAAAACUCAAUAUGCAAAUUGGAUACAUAGGAAGUUGUGUAAAUAAUCAAAGAGUCUAUAAUAUGAGUUAAAUAUCAAUUGAUAUCAACCCGAAAUGCUACACUCAAUCCAAGCCUUGUUAUUUAGUAAAUUCGUUAAGAUGUGCAGAAUAAAUCCUAAUACUCCAGUGUAUCAGUUCGUCUUAGUUAGCCUAAUCGAUUCUUUACUUUUGGUUAUACGAGAUGAUUCUAUUUGUGCUCAUUAACCUCAUAAAUUAAGGGUAAUUCUUAACCUAAAGUUGCAACAUCCUCCUUUUAUUGAGUCAAACGUUUACAGUGAUGAUUUAAUUACUAUCUCAUAAUCAACGAUUCAAGAAUUCAGAAGUGCAUUACAAAGGGUUAAUACCCUAAAGAUGCUUGGUUAAGGUUCUGUUUAAUAAAGAGUCAUUGAUUAAGAUAUUUCUAGUAGGAGUAAUUGAUGCAGCAAUAGUUAGUAUACCAUUAUAUGCUACGAAAUACUUAUACGGAGACUCAAACUACUUACCCUUAUCAUAAUUUGCCUUUAUUAUCACUCUAGAAUUAAUAGUCAAAAUAUAAUUGUAUUUCUAAUUAUUCGAAUAACAAUAUAAAUAGCUUCUGGGAUUAUUAUUAUUGAGUGUAUUCGUUGUUGCAUUGGUGACAUUUCUAACUAUUCCCGAUUAUAAUGAAUAUCAUGUAUCUUACUCAGAUUUGUUUUAUAGCCCUGGAUUUAUAAUAAGGAGUUUAAUCUUUGUUUAUAUAUUUGCAUUUGUAUUUAAAUUUGCAGUAGCCUCUAUUUUAUAAUUGUACAAUUUGGAGAUGUUCUAGGAUCUUUUAAUUACAGAUGAAUCAAAUUUUAAAAAUAUUGAACAGACUAAGAAAUAAAGAUAAACUAAGCAGAGCUUAUAAUUAUCUAUUUAAUCAAGAAAGAAAUUUAUUAAAUCCAUUUUGGCAGAUAACAAUCAGAUGGAUGACUCCAUUUAUAAGGCAUUGAAUAAUAACAUUAAUAAUGAUGAAUAAAUAGAAUUAAAGAAAAAUUUGACUUUCAACCAGAAGGAAUUCGAGAUAAGAUAUCAAGAGUCUAUGAGUUAGAAUUCAAUUUUGUAUAUCAUCUUUGAGGCUGCUGUUUUCAUCAAUUUAUUGAUCUAAGUGAACUACAUUGAGAAUAAUAUAGCAAUCUAUAUUAUCUGGGGUGUGCAACUGUUCUACAGUAUUACAAUUCACAUUCUAUAAUACUUGGAAAUAACACCUCGUAAGAUCUAAUAAAACUUGCAAUUGAUCAGUAUCUUAAGUAGAUUUUUAUUUUAAUAUAUUACGAUAUUCUUAUUGGAUUAGGAUUACAUAAUGAAUCAAGUCAUUUUCACGUCAAUAUUUAUGAUAAUCCUCUUAAAUUAUUCAAUAAAGCAGAGUCUUAGAUUUAAAGGUACAAUAAUCCUUAUGAGUUUAAUUAGUUUGGGGGUUGUUUUGAAGUUUAUAACACCCAAAUAUUAAUACUCUCCAUAGAAAUAGAUAAUUUUUAUUUUGGCUUUGAUAAUCAUCUGUAGUUUAUCGAUUGUAUGCGGCUAUUUCUUAUCUUAUGUGAAUGAGUAUUUGAGGAGACAGAACUUUUUAUUGCAAGAGUAAUUGGAGAAGGAACAAAAGAAAUUGAAUGACGCCUUGAGUAUAUUGAUGCCCAGAUUUAUUAAGGAGAGAAUGGCAAGAGGAUAUAUAUAAAUACAAGAAGAUCAAGGACCAGUCACAAUCCUAUUUUGCGAGAUUUGCGACUUUGAUGAUAUUAUUGAAUCUGAGAAGGUGUCAAUCAUAAGUUUUCUGGAUUCUAUCUAUAGAACCUUCGAUACAAUUUGCAACCAGUAUAACAUCUAGAAAAUUGAGACAGUAGGAUAGAUCUAUGUUUGUGCAUCAGGAUUAAAAGACUAUGAUAUAAUUGAUAAGCAAUCAAAAAACUCAACAUAGAAAAUGAUUGAAUGUGCAAUUGCCAUGAUGGAGUCAACUAAUAAUUUAAAAUAUUAAGAUAAACAGAUAGUUAUAAAGAUUGGAAUUAAUUAUGGGAAUGUGAUGGCUGGAGUCAUUGGCCAACAUAAACCAUAAUUCUCAUUGAUAGGAGACACUGUCAAUACAACCAGCAGAGCAUGUACAGUAUGUGAACCAGGCAAGAUUUCAUUGACUGAGACUGCCUUUAUUAGAGUCAGACAAAUGAAGUACCAGUUCUAAGUUAAGGAGAUCAAUAUGAAGAAUAUUUAUGUUCUUUAUUAACUGGUAAUUAAUAAGAAGAGCACCUUUGCAGCAAAGGUCGACAAGUCACCAAUCAUUAAGUUGGUGAGUUCAAUUUAAUUUAAAAGAUUGGACUCUAAUGAUAAGCCAAUUAACAAUGAUCUUAUGACAAAUGCUGUUAAUCCUGCAGGGUUCUAAUUUGAUCUAGCAAGGAAAUCAUCAAUGUCUAGGAAUAAAUCUGUUUACUAGUUACCUGUUGAGUAAUUUGGGAAAGUGAUAUAAGAUGUAAUCACAGCUAAUAAGUUAAUAUUAGAGGAUAUAUCUAAUAGACGUAUUACUAUGCAUAGAAAGAGUAGAGUCACUAGAUAUAAGGAAGUGAAUCCUUAAAUGAUGUCAUCACAUGAUUAAGUUUAAUAACCAUAAUAAUAACAAUAACAAUAACAAUAAUAAUAAUAAAAGACAGAAGAUCCAUUAGGAGAUUAGUUUGGUGAUCUCUUUGAUAAUAUGAAGGUAGCUGAUUCUUAAAAAAAUGUUGAUGAUUUAAUGCCAAAGAGCCCAUAGAAUAAUGUUAAAAGCUAGAAAUCAAUAUAAAAUAAUAAUAACAACCAUCUUUUUGAUUCCACUCUCCAAUAGGAAGAAAAAAUUGAAAUUCCAAAACUACAAUAAUUAAUUGGAAAUCAAGAGAAAAUUGAAACAGAUAUUAUGUAGGAAUUGAUUAGAGUCAAAUGUGACUUUGGUACGAAUCAAGCGAGAAGAGUAUAUUUUCGUCAAUUCAAAUACAAAGAGAUGAUACGAAUUUAUAAUCAUAAAUUAUUUAAGGAUAUGGUUUAGUAUUGUUUAAUUCUAUUUAUUUACUUGAUGAUAUUUUAAUUGCCCAUUUUAUUUGCUUUAAUGGAAUACAAACAAUAUUUAGGAGUCAAUCUUACUAUUGAAGGAUUGAAGAUUGCAUUCUAUUUAAUGAGUUGCAUUGUUGUUCCAUUUUGCUUAAGGGAUGCUUAUAAAUAUAUAUUCUAAAUAGGGAUGAUCAUAGGCUAUUUCAUUAGUAUUUUAUUCAACAUAAUAACAAUUAUAAUUAACGACCCAAUCGAAAGAUCCUAUAUUACUCUAAUCCUAGCUUUCACUUUAUGUUUAGGAUACUAUUUGAGAGCUUUACCCUAUUUCACUUCUCGUCAUAGAAAACUGCUAUUCAUUUUAAAAUACUUUCACAUAAUUUUCAUCUUAUCUUUCGCCAACGAGUGGAAUGAAACAAUCAUUUUUAUUCUCGCCAUGGAAAUCUUUAUAUUUGUACAAAGAAAUCAAAAUGAAGAUUUACUUUAUUAGAAUUACAAUAUUCACGAUCAACUCUUGUAACAAUAACAAGAAUAAAACAAAAUAAUCAGUCAUCUUUUACCUUCUCAUAUUUUAUAAUAAUAUUUUAAAGAAUAAGAUACAAUACCUGACGUAUUUGAGAAUGCAACAAUCCUCUAUGCAGAUAUAGCAGGCUUUACUAAAUAUUCUACUAGUGUUGAUGCUUAAUAAGUAUUGUAAAUGUUGAGUUCCCUCUUUAAUAAGUUUGAUGUUGCUUGCACAGAAAACAAUGUUUAUAAGUUGUAUUCAAUUGGAGAUAGUUAUGUUGUUAUAGGAGUUUUAGAUGCAAACAAUGGAAUCAGAGAAGAAGAAGCUUAUAAUGUUGUCAAUCUUGGCUUUUAACUACUUGAUAUAGUAAAUUUACUUAAGAAAAAUAUUCAAUAUCCUGAUAUCAAUAUGCGAAUUGGAAUACAUACAGGGAAUAUAAUUGGUGGGAUAGUAGGAACAGAUAUUGUGAGAUAUGAUAUAUAUGGAUCAGAUGUGGCUAUAGCCAAAAAAAUGGAAUAGAAUUCAUAAAUUGGAAGAAUCAUGGUUUCUGAGGAUACUAUGAAAUUUUUAGAUGCCACUUACACAGGAGAAUUUAGCUAUGUAUUUGCUAAUCAGAUUGAACAUCGAAAUAGAAUUAUUUAAGGUUAUUAUAUAGACAAAGUAUAAAUUGAAGAAUGAAGCCUUUCUUAAUAAUUAUCAUUAUUAUUUAAUACAACUUAUAUUCU